AUGGCUGCCGCUUCUACGCCAACAGACACGGGGCGAUCCGCCGAGAGCGAAGCCAUAGUGGUGGAUGCGAAAGACGAUGGCUUCGUCGAUAUCUCUGCAUCCGAGUCCGACGAACAGGAACUUCUGGCAUCGGAGAUGAACAGGCAGAGCUUCUCACCCGUGCCCGCGAUCUUCACAUCCCCGCCGCCCAUCAAAGAAUCACACCGGUCGCACACGCUGACCCAGCAGAAUGCGACCAUGCAUGAGUGCCUCCCGCUCCUCGCUGGCUACUCAGACACUCUCGAGCUCAACCGCCACGGCGUACCCAGGCUUCGACGUGAAGCUCACAUAAAAUAUCUCCACAAGCAGCUCGGGAAGCUGCCCGCCCCCUAUCUCAUCGCGGAUGCGAGUCGGCCAUGGUUCCUCUUCUGGUCCCUGAACGGCUUGGCUCUGCUCGGCGAGGACGUUUCCAUGUACAGGCAGCAGCUCAUCGAUACGGCGAGGGCCAUGCAGAACCCAAAUGGUGGCUUCGGUGGCGGCCACGGGCAAGUGUCGCAUCUCGCCACCACCUUUGCGCUGAUCCUCUCGAUCGCCAUCGUCGGCGGCGAGGAGCUCUACGAAGUCAUCGACCGGAAAGCCAUGUGGAAGUGGUUGUGUUCCCUCAAACAGCCCGACGGCGGCGUGCAGAUGGCGUAUGGCGGUGAAGUCGACGUGAGGGGUGCCUAUUGUACCACCGUCAUCGCUGGCCUCCUGAACAUGCCCCUCGAACUGUCGCCCGACUCCCCGGCCUACACCCCCGACGGCAAGACCACCCUCUUCACCGGCCUAGCCGACUACGUCCGUAGAUGCCAGACCUUUGAAGGCGGCCUCGGAGGCAAGCCAGACACGGAAGCACACGGAGCAUACACAUUCUGUGCCCUGGGCUGUCUCGCCAUACUUGACGCCCCGCACCGAAUCAUCCCAAAGUACCUCGACGUGCCACGACUCAUCUCCUGGCUCUCCUCGCGCCAGUACGCCCCCGAGGGCGGCUUCAGUGGCCGGACGAACAAGCUCGUCGAUGGUUGCUACAGCCACUGGGUCGGCGGCUGCUGGCCCCUCGUCGAUGCCGCACUGAACGGCGCCAGCGAGCUUGACGAAAACGUCGGUGACGAUGAAGGGGAACUGCCAGCUAACAGCCUGCGUCCUGGUGAUCCGCAUGAAGAAAAGUGGUUUAGCAGAGAAGGACUCAUCCGGUAUAUCCUCUGCUGCGCCCAGGAUCAGUCGAAGCGUGGAGGGUUGCGCGACAAACCCAGCAGACCUUCUGACGCGUACCACUCUUGUUACGUCCUCAGCGGCCUGACAUCGGCCCAGCACGAUUGGGACAUGUCAUACGUCGGCGAAGACGACACCAUUCUGGCGGAACCCAGGUGGAGGGUUAGGCCCCGCACGGGUGCCGAUCAGGUGUUCGACGAGGAGGACCGCGUCGCCACGAUCCACCCCGCGUACACGAUUCCCGAGCAGAAGGCGUAUGCCAUGAAGGCCUACUUUGCGGCCAAGAAAGGGUUCUAG